CUGGGCUAAAUGGUGGGAAGAUAGUGCCUACAACCGCCUUAACUGUCACUACCCACAAUCUGAUUAAAUAAACCAAAAAAAAAAAAAAAAGAAUCGAACUUUAAAUCUGCAGAAAAAAGAUCGAAAGCAGAGAUAAUUUGAUUAACUUCUGAUCAUAAAGAUUUGGUUUUGUUAAGUGAAAAUGAGUGAGAUAAAGAAAGGGCCAUGGAAAGAGGAAGAAGAUCAAGUGUUGAUUAAGCAUGUGAAGAAGUAUGGUCCAAGAGACUGGAGCUCCAUUCGAUCCAAAGGUCUUUUACAGCGUACUGGAAAGUCUUGUCGUCUUCGUUGGGUCAAUAAACUUCGACCCAACUUGAAAAAUGGAGUGAAGUUUUCAGCAGAAGAGGAGAGGACUGUGAUUGAACUUCAGGCACAAUUUGGGAACAAAUGGGCUAGAAUUGCUACAUAUAUGCCUGGAAGAACUGACAAUGAUGUCAAGAAUUUUUGGAGUAGCCGGCAGAAGAGAUUGGCUAAGAUUCUGCGGACCUCAGUGCCACAGCCAAGUAAACCACAAAAGAAUAUCAACAAAGAAGUCCCUCUUCUCCCAAAAGUUCCCACAGUAGAGGCGCCAAAAUUGAACUCAUUCGCAGAGGAAAGACCUUUGGUUGUGUCCCAGUAUUGCUCAUCAUCCUAUACAAAUAGCUUUGACACAACCAACAUGGUCCCAUUGCCAGAGCUAGUGAAUUCAACUUCACUUCCUUUUGAGCAAGAACUGCUUCCACUUGAAUUCACUCCCAAUGAGAAGAGAGCCUGCAUGUGGCCGCAGUUUCCGCUCCCUUUUCCUCAAAUUCCAGUCCAAAAAAACUUUGAUCAACCACUUGAACAUCAAGAAUUACCCAUGAAACUUGAGGACACUGACUUCUUAGAUUAUUUUGGGCAGCUCAGUGCUUCUGAUAUAGGAAAUGUGCAAGCCCCUCUUGCACCAUCAUGUUCAGGACAGCAGAGAAGCUCUGAGAUUGCUGUGAAGAGAGAAAUAGAGUACCCCCUUACCCCAGAUAGCUUCAUCGAUGACUUCCCCAUGGACAUGUUCGAUUUUAUUGAUCCACUGCCAAGCCCAUCCGAAUGGUGAUUAGUCUAUUAAUUCAGAUUGGAAGAAAGGAAAUUGUUACUAGCUUGUACGACAGAUACGUAGUGAUCUAUGCAAUAUGAUUGCCAUAAUAGCUAUUUCUUUGUAUGACACAAAUUUGACCUAGUGCUUAACUGUUUCUAACAACUGUUCAUCUACUACAUUGAUUACCUUGUGUUCUA